AAGGAGGGUCGUGACAAAACAAAGCAGCAACACAAACAAGGGUUUUAUAGCCAAGAUUCAAGAGAACAGAAGAGGGGUUAGAGAGCCUUCUUUUCUAUCAAAACCCACCCAAGAUUCACCCUUUUGGAGGUCUAUCUCGGUCCGUAAACAUGUCGGGUCAACUGACUCCAGCAAAGAGACAGAAUGACCGGAAUGAGUCAAAUAUUAGGGGAAAGUGGCAGAAGACUUCAGCAUUUAAUUCACAAAAUUUGAGGAUCCCUCCUGGAACCUCCUUCUUUCGUGUACUCUGUCCUGCUUCUAAAGGUGGCAGUGUGAUUGGGAAAGGUGGCGGAAUCAUCUCACAAAUCCGUCAAGAAACUGGGGCAAAGGUCAGAGUUGAAGAAACUGUCCCCGGGUGUGAUGAAAGAAUCAUUGUCAUUAUUGAGUCUGACAAGGAAAAUGGAGUUGAUGCUGAACAGAAUAAGGGGGAGGAAGAAAAAAAUGAUACUGAUAAAGUUGAUAAUCUAGAUGAACAAGAGAAAGAAGAGAAGGAAGGUGAAGAUAAGGAAUCUGUUGAUACCAUAGAUAAAGAAUCUGGUGCCGCCAAAGAUUCACAAUGUGAGAAGGGACCAUCUGCUGCUCAGAAGGCUCUGCUACUUGUUUUCGAAAGAAUUGCUGAAGGAGAACCCGAAACAGUUGGUGAAAAUGAAGAGAAUGAUAAGGCUUCCGCAUUUUCUUUGAGGUUACUUGUUCUUUCUAGUCAGGCGGGAGGCAUUUCGGGAAACGAAGGGAGUGUUAUCAAACAAAUGGAAUCUGAAAGUGGGGCACAAAUUAGGAUACUUCCCAGUGAUGAACUACCUAUUUGUGCCUCUCCUUCCGAUGAACUGGUUCAGAUAUCUGGGAGCCUGGAUGCGAUAAGGAAGGCGCUUUUAUGUGUUUCUCAACAAAUUUUGGAGCAUCCUCCUCAGGAUGAUGAACUGCUCUCCCUCAACACUAGCGGGCCUUCUUCUCAAUCGUCUGGUCAUCCAUUUUCAAGGCAAGAGCCAAAUUAUCCUUUCAGUUCUCAAGGACCACCUUAUGUUGGCUCUCGUGAUAGUGAAAGUGGUAUUCUUGGUCGCAAUAAUCCUUCCCAAGAUAUCCUAACAUUCCGAUUACUAUGUCCUGAUGAAAAGGCUGGAGGUGUGAUUGGGAAGGGAGGAUCUAUAGUUAAGGCACUACAGCACGAGAGUGGCUGUGAAAUAAAGGUUCUUGAUGGUGUGUCUGGUUCAGAGGAUCGCAUCAUCAUCAUAUCGGGUCCAUCGCAUCCAGAUGAUAGGAUAUCUGCUCCACAAGAUGCAGUUCUUCGUGUCCAGACCAGGAUUGUUAGGGCUGCACCUGAGAGCAAGGAAAAGACUGUGAUAGCAAAAAUUCUUAUAGCCUCCAAUCAAAUUGGAUGUCUCCUUGGGAAGGGAGGUGCUGUUAUAUCUGAAAUGAGGAAGUUUACUGGGGCUUAUAUACGUAUAUUGGGGAAGGAUCAGUUACCAAAGUGUGCCUCUGAAAAUGAAGAAGUUGUUCAGAUAAAUGGAGAAUUUGACCAAGUUCAGGAAGCCCUACUGCAAAUAACUAAUCGACUGCGUGAACACUUCUUCCGUGAUGCAUUUCCUUCCAUGAACCAUCCUUCAAAUCAUGCAUUUCCUGAUCAAGGACCUCCAUUUCCUUCAUACAUGGGGAGAAGGGAACUUUCACCUCCUGGAAUGUAUUCCGGUCUAGGACCAUCAUUUCAUAAAUUUAAUGCUGGUAUGCCUCCUAUGCAUGGUGGUUUUCAUCCGCAUGAUGAUCGAUCUCCUUUUAUGCACAAUAUCCACAGACCAGGCUUUCCCCCUCAUCUUUCUGAAAGAUUGCCACCUGCAGCCCCAUGGAGACCUCAAGGACCAAACGAAGGUGCUGGAGGACCUUUAGGAUUGCCUGACUAUCCAGGAGGCCCGCAGAGAAGGAUGGGUGGAUUUGGAGGAGGAAGCCAUCAAGCUAUCAUCACUAACACUACUGUAGAAGUAGUUGUUCCUCGUUCAGCUGUUCCUGCAAUAUAUGGUGAGGAUGGUGGAUGUUUGAAGCAGAUCCGAGAGAUAUCCGAUGCCAAAAUCACAAUCAAUGAUCCAAAACCUGGAGCAUCAGAAACUGCAAUAAUUAUAUCCGGUACUCCCGAACAGACCCAUGCUGCACAAAGUCUUAUUCAAGCAUUCGUUAUUAGCGAGUCAAACAAUGCAUGAAAUUUUGAAUUGAGACGACUUGCAUUUUGCUGUUAGCAUCUUUCUUUCAGCGCAAAAUUGUAGUGACCUUGUGUUUUGAUGUUAGCGACUUUCUGUGAGCAAAAGAUUAUGGCGACCAUAGUGCAAAGCUUUUAAGGUGAUUCACUGGGAUUGCCGAUCUGUAGAUGUACAAUUAGUGCUUCCUUUACUGGAAUGGCCAUUGGUGAGGGAUCAAGUUGUGACCAUGGAGGGAAAUGAAAUGAUUGUAUUAGAACUAGAUUGUUUUCGCCCUCAACUGACUAACAUAAUCUACAGGAAUAUUGAAUUUUACAUCAACGAGAAUUUUGAUUAGACUUU